AUGUCACAGUACGAGCCGUCAUCCUCGUCAUCAUGGGGCUCUAGUACUGGUCGGGAGCGGGGAGCGCGCCGCAAGAAGGUCUUUGACUACCUGAAGGCUGCCAAUGAGCUGCGCCAAACCUAUGCUGCGCAAUGGUCGGCGCAGAUCAGCGGUCAGAGCGACUAUGACGACUACCGUGAUACCCCGGGCGCAUUUCCCGACAUCGAGAUUGCGCGAUCCGAGUUUGAAGAGAUGGUGAUAUUUCCGAGCUAUGCGAGACGGUUGGUGAAGCAUGAGCAGCUGGAUCCAUACUAUAGCCGCCGUCGAGGAUCAAAUGCCACUAUCGAGGAGUAUCGGGGCGAGUCAGAUGGCUUUGGCACAGGCAUGCCGGUUUGGGAUGAGCUGGAAGAGGAGAAUGCGAUCGUUGCAGUCGAUGUGCGUGGCUGGGUAUACGCACCUCAUCGCGGGCCGAUGACUCGAAAACAUCGUCUGAUGGUCGCUCUCGCUAGAAAGCUCAGCGGGGUGCCAGCUCCUAUAAGCAGCACGAAUGAUGGCGAUGAACAUAAUGUGAAUGAUUCUAAGACUGAGAAGGGGGAUGAAGAGCUGGUCAAUACCGAGGCACAGUCGAUCAUCAGGCAGGCCGAAAAGGGGGCUGAUCCGGUAUGGAAAGACAGCGCAGAGAAUCGUGACGCCCAGAAUACUCCCGGACGCCCUCUCCAGAGGGCAGCAACGACACCGCUGAGCAAGGAUGAACUCUCCGUCGCCAAUGCACACCUUCUGGAACGGUUACGCCCCUUUUUGACCAACCCGGUAACGGGCAUUCCCGUCACUGUGUUCUUCUUCAACAACGACAAAAGCCAGUCGAGGAGCGUGAUGACUGACGAGUCCGGCCACUUUCGGCUACGAGCGUCGCUACCCUUUAUACCGACUCACGCCCGUGUGCUAGCCUCCGAGGAUCUCUCCGCCGUGAAGGAGAUCAAGAUCAUCGAGCCCACGGGCGUCAGCCUUAUCAGCGACAUCGACGAUACAGUGAAACAUUCUGCUAUUGCCAGCGGGGCCAAGGAGAUGUUUCGCAACACUUUUGUCCGCGAACUGAACGAGCUGACAGUCGACGGUGUCACUGACUGGUACAGCAAGCUGGCUAAGAUGGGAGUCGACAUGCACUAUGUCUCUAAUGCCCCAUGGCAACUGUAUCCGCUUCUGGAACGCUACUUCAAGCUCGCCGGCUUGCCCCCGGGUUCUUUCCACUUGAAACAGUACAGUGGUAUGCUUCAGGGUAUCUUCGAGCCUACGGCAGAAAGGAAGAGGGGCUCCCUGGAGCAGAUUUUGAGAGACUUUCCUACCCGCAAGUUCAUUCUCGUUGGAGACAGCGGUGAAGCGGAUUUGGAAGUCUAUACCGACAUCGUUCUAGCAAACCCGGGGCGGAUCCUCGGGAUCUUCAUUCGCGACGUUACCACCACCGACCGGAAGAAAUUCUUCGAGAAAUCAGUGGAUGACUUGGAACAUGACUUGAACCGGAGCCGUAGCACUCCGCAACUUGUGGAUGCUUCUGAUGCCGUGUCCAAACGUCCGGCAUUACCGCCUCGGCGGCCCGUGGGAACGGCCGAUCCGUCCGCGGAUGCCGUGAGCCUCGACAACGCCGACUUGAUAGAUCUUCGAGACGAGGUGGAGCAAAAGGUGUCUUUGGCUGACAUGAAGAAGCCCUCCGCCGGGCGCGGACCACCCACGAAACCUUCCAAGCCCUCCGCGUUGCGCUCAGUUUCGACAAACCCAGACCUGAGCAAAGACGAUCUGCCCUCACUCCAAGAGACAGCCAAACGCAAACCUGUGCCACCACUACCCCCGCGCCGCUCUUCCACUAAGCCCGACAUAUCAAACGAUAACAUACUUGAUACCGAAAAUGAUACGCCUGUGAAUAAUGCAGCGAGGCAAAUGCCCAUACGUCCUAAGCCUAGCAUACAUGAUAUCCCCAACGAACCGACACGCUCAAAGCAACCACCACCGCCCCCUCCACCACGCAGAACCAAUACAGGGGCUUCAACCCCGGGCUCAAUCUCAUCACAGCAAAGUGCAAACCGCCCAACGCCCCCACCCCUACCUCCGAAACAAUCAUACCCCGCAUCUGCAGCCACAGCAGCGCUACAGUAUGCCUCCGACCGUUUGAACUGGUCUCCAACCCCAUCGAACAUUCUCCGACCAGCCCAGCCGAACUCCUCAUCAAGUAGGUCCAGCACUAGUGUGGACAGCAGCACUCCGAACAGAACAGCAGUCCCCGCGGCCCCUCUACCCAACAAACGAGAGGAACUGUGGCGACGUCGCUGGGAACGCGCCCAGGAGCUUCUGGAAAAGCAAGGCGUGGUUCUGGGUAGCUGGCGUGUCGGCCAGGAUGCACAGGAUGUGAGUUGCUGGUUGGUAGAGGAGGCGCUGAAGGAUAUGAAACGGGGUUGA